CUGGUCUCACCACGCCAGCUGUCUCAGCGCGAUAAUAUGCAAGCAUCAUGCAAGGGAUUCGCAGGAAUGACGCUAGCCAGGGUUGAGGUCUCAUUCGGAGGAUUUCUUUUUCAGAUCCCCGCCAACGGAACCACAAACCGACCGAUAAGAGUGCACGUCUAAUAGAAGAACUUCUUGCUUGUUAAUGUCCCCAUGCCCCGCUCUAUUCGUGCUACCACGCUUUCGCUAUUCUUUAUUUCUCUGAUUCCCCUCCUCUUGCCUUUCCUCACAUCGUGGCCGGAUCACAGAAAUGGAGAUUGAGCGCGAACAAAAAAGCCUCUGGCAUGUGGGCAUCGAGUCGCACGAGGGCUCCCUCGAGUCACCCACCGAGCACACGAACACUGCAGUUGACCCGGGCGAUGAGGGUGAGAAGCGUGUAAGGCAUAUGCAAGAAGGCAAUGGCCUAUUGCGAUCGCUGCGCAAUUUCGAGACGUGGAUCGACCGCAGAUUGGGCGUGGAGGCCAUGGGAGUCGAGCGAGUACCAGAAGAUAAGCGACGGCCACCACAGAAAUUGAAUAUGAUGUUCUUUUGGUUCUCCGUCCUGAUAAGCCCAACCCUGAUCCCGAUCGGCUCGCUGGGCCCUAUCUUCGGCCUCUCGGUGCACACCUCAGUCAUCCUGACUAUCUUCGCGGCUCUCCUCGGAACCAUUGUACCCGCAUUUACUGCGACGCUGAGUCCACCCAGCGGCCUGCGCCAGGUGGCCGUUGCCCGCUAUGCAUUCGGCAUCUGGGGAGCGAAGUUCUGCGGCCUGCUGAACAUCAUCGUCAAUGGCGGAUACGCGGUGAUUGCCGCGGUGGUCGGAGGCCAGCUCCUCGUCGCCGUGUCUGGCGGUUCCAUCCCACUGGCAGCGGGGAUCGUCAUCAUCGUCGCGAUCGGCUUUCUCGUAUCCUUUUGCGGCUUUACUCUCAUCCAUCACUACGAACGAUACGCCUGGAUCGUUGCCCUGGUGCUUAUUUGUGUGACAUGGGGUCAGUCCGCCCGAUACUUUACUCCCACCCCCGGGCUGAGCAAACUCAGCGGCAUCGAUUACAGCGGGGCCUGUCUGAGCUAUUUCGCCGUUGUCUUCGGCGUCGCCUGCUCGUGGUGUCCCAUCGCAGGCGAUUACUACAUCCACUACCCAGCGGACACCAACAAGUGGCUCGUCUUCUCCCUCACCUACUUCGGCCAAGUGCUUCCAACCGUCUUCGUCGGCACAUUGGGGAAUCAUUUCGGGGGCAUCAUCACUUCCAACGACGAAAUGUCAGCAAUCUACAACACAAAAGGAACAGGCGCGCUAAUCCUAGCCACACUCCGACCAUCGGGCUGGGCCAAAUUCGCCUGUACCAUAUUCGCCCUAACCUUCCUCGCAAACGUAAUAGCAAACAUUUACUCCAGCGCCCUCUGCAUCCAGCUCUGGGGCAAACACUUCCUGGCCAUCCCGCGCUUCAUCUGGUGUGCCCUAAUGUCCAUAAUCGUGCUCGCCCUCGCCUGGGGCGGCCGCAACAAGCUCGAAGCCAUCAUCGACAAUUUCCUCGCCAUCCUCGGCUACUGGACCCUCGCCUUCGGCCUCAUCCUCGCCAUCGAGCACUUCUGGUUCCGGCCCCGUCUCGGCGGUUACGAUCUCAGCGCCUGGCAGGAUCCGAAGCGUAUGCCUGUUGGGAUUGCGGGUACGGCGGCUUUGUUGAUUGGAAUCGGGUUCUCGUUUUUGGGGAUGUCUCAGACUUGGUAUGUGUCGCCCGUGGCGAAGAAGAUUGGGAAGAGUGGUGGGGAUGUGGGGGAUUAUCUCGUUUUUGCUUCGGUGGGGGUCUUUUAUCCGAUUUUGAGGACUUUGGAGAUAAGGCUUAUGGGGAGGUGAGUGUGGGCUUGUGAGCCCUGGUGGUGUGGACGUAAAAGGUUGUGCCUUGGCUAGAUCCAUAGUGUAUAGUACUGCCAAUGGGUCGUUUCCCGGUAGUAAAGCAGAGUAGUAGGUUGUCUUUAU